AUGGAGGACGCGUGUGUCUGUGCACACAGCUAUUCUCUGCUUGGCGAGAGGGGUCUUGCCUUGCUCCCAGUCGUCAGAAUCGUGGCCUGUGAGACCACUCAAGACGUGAUCUUCUCAAGCAGUUCUUGCUCGAUCUUCGGCGUCUUUGUCUGCCUCGUCACGCGUCUUACGACGGCAGCGUCAGUGGUCAAGAGCAAGCACCGGUACAAGACUGGACAGGACUCUCAACAGGCAGCUCCUCCUUCUCCCGCCAGCGAGCAGUCCGUCUUUUGUCCCACACGCAAUCGCCGCGGCGACUCACCCGCCAUUGAGCGUGUAUCUGGUCGUACGUACAGUCAGUCUCAGUCGGCGCUGGCAGUCGACGAAGCGGCGCAUCGUCAGUUCAAACAGUCUGGGCUGCGCAUUUUGCGCGCGCUCAAACUUGCGCCGGUCUAUAGCAAGCGAGGCUACCAGUGCCUGGAAGCAUCAGACAGUCCUUCUAUCGGAAGUAGCUUUGCCACUGGAAGGGCGCAUAACAUCGACAUCGUCGUCAUGACUGCCCAGGCCUUGUACAGGCACGGCCCACACUGGCCGCGGCAGCUGGAGACACGCUCUCCGCAGUAUUCUGAUACCGAUGCGAGCAACUCAACCAGUGCAAAUGGCGCGUCAAGCCAAGCGCCGACAACCUCAUCGAGCGCGAGUCAGUCCGCCCCAUCGCAUGCGAUCAACGCCGAUGUCACCGAUGCAGACAGCGACUUUCCCUUCGUCUGGUGGUUCACCCAGCAAAACACACUCAAUUUUGCCCAGUGCACAUCGUUUGAGUUCUUCAUGGUUCCCAACGCCAACGCUACCAGCUCUGCUGUGGGGCCAUAUACACUCGCUGCGAUACCAGAGCAAGGCGUGCCUCUCAUCGUCUCCGCCGGCGAAGGUGACACGGUGCCCUUUACCUGGACGCUGCCAUUCAACACGGGCACGACGUUUGCGCUCUCCUUCAUUGACUCCAAGGGUCAAUCGGGAGGCGUCGGGCCACUGUAUUCUGUCAGCAGCGGCAGUAAUGUCGAUGGAAAUUGUCCGGGCGCGCCCGCUUAUCCGCCAGUAACGAGUGGACCCGAUGUCGACAUCAGCUUUCAGGUCUACCCAUACAAUAGUCCUAGUCUGUGUCAACAGCUUGGCAUCGUCGUGCAAGGCAAUGGAAAGCCGCCGUUCACGCUGAACGCCGCCAUAUCUGCGGAUACAGCGACCAAUUACACAGUCGGAAAUGUGGGUCACUAUACAAAUACGUUGCAAGGUGGCGGGGCCUUCAUCUUGUCCUUGUCGGAUGCGAAUGGCAACUAUGCAAAUUCUUCACAGGUCAUCUACUCGUCCGGGGGUAGCAACUAUUCUUGCAUCGCCAAUCCAGAAGAGCACGAUCACAAGCUCGCGCCCGGCUCUGUACCGGAUGGGUAUGGUGGCUACGGACAAGGCGGCGGCGGCAACAAUGUUUCUGUCGGCACGGUCGUCGGCGCCACUGUUGGUGUCGUCUUUGCUGUCCUUAUCCUGCUCGGAGGUGCAUUCUGGUUUUGGCGGAGGCGGAGGCGUCAACGUCGGGCUGGAAGUCUGUCCGAUACCAUCAUCGGACCGCGCUACUCUGGCCCAUCUGGCAACAGUGCAGCGAACGCGAACUCACCGGUCUCGCCGGUGGGCUCCAGUACCCUCGGCGGAUCCAGUACUGCCGACGGCACACUUGUCGACGUCAGUAAAGGACCAUAUCCCAAGAUAGAGCAAGGACGACUUGCAAGCAUUUCUAUAGAGCGACUUCUCAACCUCAACCGGCCAUCCUCGACAGGCGACCAUUCGCCCGUCUCGCCCAGUCCUGAUGACGCUGCCUCGCACCCUUACCUCUAUCCUCGUGAGCAUCCUGGCAGGUUACCAUCUCCUAUCGAGAUGGAACCGCGACAUCAGUUCGUUAUCGCCAACCCAGACGCAUCCGAUGCCGGCUCGAUACGAGAAGGCGGUGACAGCACGACUUUCGCACUCGACGAGGGUGCGCGAGCAUGGGCAACGCUCAAUUCGUAUGGUCAAUCCAGAUCGACUUCUAGCCGAGGUGCGAGCGGCAGUCGAUUGCCAGCGCCCGGAGCACCGCUCAAUUACUCUUCGCUGUACGGUGGCUCGACGCAAGCUCACCGGCAAGCGUCAGAGGAUUUCUACAGGCAGCAUGCCGAUUCAGGGCGGACAUUGACGCGCAAGGAAGCGGAAGAGAUGCUACAGCAGGGCCAAAUAGAGCUGCCACCUGCCUAUGGCUCUUUCCGCACAGAUCGUCCAGAACCGAUACAAGAAGCGGCUCGUAAUGCCGAAGCUGGCAAGGACGAUGAAGAAGACGACGAGGAGUACGAGAACGCGAUAGCCGUUUCGUCGCGUCAUCUAUAAGACCGAUUUUGACCGGCUCACCUCGAUCUCAUCGCCACAACGAGGCAAAUGUGUCAAUGCUCACACUGAACCAUCCCUUUUUGCUUGUACUUGUGCACUAGUCGCCGCAUAAGACUGCUCACUGAUGUACAAAUCAAUGCACUAUGUCUUGCACAAC